AUGGCUGCGGUAGAACUCCAACAAGCCACCAAAGAAACAUUUCACUUCAUCAACAAGCCAGAAGAUGCCAUCAACGAAGCAUUGAGCGGCUUGACCCACAUCCAUCCGAACCUCUCCUACAACCCACCGUACAAGAUCCUCUACCGCUCCGACCUAGGCACCUUCCGCAACAAUCAUGUCACCACCAUCGGCUUCAGCGGCGGCGGCCACGAACCCAUGUUCGGAGGCUUCGUAGGGUCCAACUACCUCUCCGCCUACGUGAGCGGCAACAUCUUCGCCUCUCCCACCGCAGCACAAAUCUACGAGGCUAUCAGGAUGUGUCAGCCGACUGAUGGGUCUGAGAGCAAAGGCACACUGGUCGUUUGCGGCAAUUACACUGGCGAUAUUCUCAAUGCUGGAUUGGCGAUCACAAGAGCACAGGCUAGUGGGUAUAAAGUCAGGUUCGUGCCUGUGGGUGAUGAUGUCGCUGUGGGAAGGAAGAAGGGAGGAAAGGUUGGGCGAAGAGGGUUGAGUGGUCAUCUCAUUGCUCUCAAGAGUGCUUGUGCACUUGCUGCCAAGGGUGAGAGCCUUGAUCGCGUGACUGAAGUUAUGGAAUACAUCGCUGCCAAUGUCGGGACUGUGGGUGUUGCAUUUGAUCGUGUCGCGCUUCCCAACGCCACAUUGACAGACUUACAAUCUCUGCCACCGGCUACCAUCGAACUUGGCAUGGGUGCACACGGCGAACCAGGUCUACGCCAACUCAACCCCGUCCCCACUCCUGAGGCCCUCAUGUCGCAAAUGCUAGACCUCCUUCUCGACAUCUCCGACUCUGAUCGCGCAUUCAUCCCUUUCUCCGCCUCUUCCUUCAAAGACAACAUUUUCUCAUCCAGCGCCAAAGAUAAUGAGGUUGUCAUCUUACUCAAUUCCCUCGGCAGCACGAGUGAUGAAGUUCUUGCGAGGUUCGCGGAGCUUGCGAUCAAGGACUUGGAGCAAAGAGGCUUUGUUGUCAAGAGACUGACACUUGGUCCAUUGGUGACAAGUCUAAAGAUGAGUGGGUUUGGUAUCACGGUUUGGCGCCUACCGCCUGUGGGUGGUGAAGCUUUGACGAGGGAAGAAGCGCUGCAUCUGUGGGAUGAGAAGGUUGAUGUUGCUGCUUGGAGACAAUGA